CGACGAGCACAGUCGUGAGGGUGACUUGCGGCCAAAGCGGCAGCGGCCCCUGCGCUUUGCGGUCCCCCAGUCCACGCCGCCUCCGGAUCUGCUCCUAGCCGGGACACCCUGUGACGAGUUCAACUGUGGACCCUGAGAACUGGGGAGCUCUGGAGGGCGGACGGGCGGGCAAUGUGGGGGAGCUCCUGUCCUGGAGGAAAGGGCGCUCCUCAGGAGCUGAGCGGGCCGGCAGUUCUUGCAGUGUCGAGCUGCUCCUCUGGCGCGUAGGAGCGCUCGGUGUCUUCCCGACAGCUGGGCACGCCGCCAAAGAGAGCAGCCGGGAGUCCCUAUCGCUGGCCCGGCGCGGUGUGCGCUCUGGUUCCCACCUUACCCUGCAAACCCGGGGGUCCUGGGCGGAUGGAGCCGGCUAUUCUGGGGCUCCCAGGAUUCUGCCUGCCCCGCGGCACGGCGCAGAGAUGGGGACUUGGGGAAACUGCAGACCUUCCUCCCGACGCAUGAGUGUGGCAUUUGGGGUUCGGAUUCUCCCAAGGCCAGAGUCCGGGUUAGGGUUCUUGAAGCUGCCCAGCUGCCAUUCUUGAGCGUCGCCUUAGAAGUAUGCCCCAGUAAGGACUGGUGUGGGAAGCAGGUGCCUUAAAGUUGAUUUUGACCCUGCAUGUGGUGGGCCUCGGUUUCGCCUCUGUUUGAAAGAGGCCAGUCCUGGUACCCCGGGCUGGGUCGUCCUCUGCUGUCCCUGGGCUCAUGGCCCCUUCCUGUCUCAGGCUUGCUCUGCCCUUUGCUGGGGUUGCUGUCGAGGACCCUGUGCAAGACUCGGCCUGUUUUUCUUUCUCCCUGAUGGACAGACCCAAACAUAGCCGCGCAGCAUCGUGAAGGGCUGGGGUUUUCGCGUCUGUGGCUCUGGAAGGGCGCGGUUUCCCCAGGAGGUAAAGGAAUGUUCCUGUCCCCCUGGGGGAAAGAAAGUGAAAACGAAAGCGCCCUGGCUGCUCCUGGUGUGGUCCCAUUUAAAACGAGGUUGCUGAAGGCUAGGACGCGUGCUACCCGGAUGUGUGCCCAGAGACCCUGCAGCCAAGAGCAGCCGCCUGGACCACCAACUUCCCCUUCAUCCAGCCGGCCCAGCCCAGAGCCCAGGCCCACGUCUGGUGGAUUGUGUCUUAUGAGAGGCCAGGCAGGGGCUAACUUCUCUCGGUUCUCAGAAGGUCGAGCCCUCUAUUAGCAUCUCCUGGAACAGUGGGCAGAGGGCAAGGUGGUGACUCUGUUCAGUCCUUAGGAUGGCUGGAAGCCAGAAGGAGGAGAUUAAGCCGCCAGAGCAGGAAGUGCAUUUCCAGGAAAGCGGCUGCUGGGGCAGCAUGGGAGCCCAGUCCAGGGAGCGUUCUGGCAGAGACCAUUCUGGAACGUGGAUCUGUGCUGGCGGCUCCCAGGAGACCUUCCAUCUCGGAGCUCCUGUGGAGACCACGUGCCUGGCAGGCAUGUCGGGCCCCAGGCCUGUGGUGCUGAGCGGGCCUUCGGGAGCUGGGAAGAGCACCCUGCUGAAGAGGCUGCUCCAGGAGCACAGCGGCAUCUUUGGCUUCAGCGUGUCCCAUACCACAAGGAACCCGAGGCCUGGCGAGGAGAAUGGCAAAGAUUACUACUUUGUAACCAGGGAGGUGAUGCAGCGUGACAUAGCAGCCGGUGACUUCAUUGAGCAUGCCGAGUUCUCAGGGAACCUGUAUGGCACGAGCAAGGCGGCGGUGCAGGCUGUGCAGGCCAUGAACCGCAUCUGCGUGCUGGACGUGGACCUGCAGGGUGUGCGGAACAUCAAGGCCACCGAUCUGCGGCCCAUCUACAUCUCUGUGCAGCCGCCCUCACUGCAUGUGCUGGAGCAGCGGCUGCGGCAGCGCAACACUGAAACGGAGGAGAGCCUGGCGAAGCGGCUGGCUGCUGCCCAGGCCGACAUGGAGAGCAGCAAGGAGCCCGGCCUUUUUGAUGUGGUCAUCAUCAACGACAGUCUGGACCAGGCCUACGCAGAGCUGAAGGAGGCGCUCUCUGAGGAAAUCAAGAAAGCUCAAAGGACCAGCGCCUAAGGCUUGCUGUCUAUUCUUGGCGCCCCAGGCCCAUACAGGACCAGGGCAGCAGCACUGAGCCGCCCCCUUGGCAGGUGAUAACGGCAGCUCUGCGCCCUUGGCCAGCACAUGGAGUGGAGGGGAUGCUGCCCCUGUGGUUGGAACAUCCUGGGGUGACCCCUGACCCAGCCCCACCGGGCUGUCCCCUGUCCCUAUCUCUCAUGUUGGACCCGGGGUUGACAUCCUAAUAAAAUAACUGUUGGAUUAGAAAGUCCA